AGUCAAGCCAGCGGCCCAGAAAUCAAAAAGUUGUCUGUUCAGGAGUGACAGCGAGGACUGUGUGAUGGAACGGGUCAUGGAGAGGCACUAUGACUUUGACCUCACCUACAUCACGGAGAGGAUCAUCUCCGUCUUCUUCCUGCCCGACCUGGACGAAGAGCGUUACUGCAGGAACUUAAAGGAAGUAGCUGCCAUGCUGAAGUCCAAACACCAGGACAAGUUCUUGCUCCUCAAUCUGUCUGAAAAGCGGCACGACAUCAACAGACUCAAUCCAAAGGUGCAUGAGUUCGGCUGGCCGGACCUGCACGCCCCUCCGCUGGAUAAGAUCUGUGCCGUGUGCAAAGCCAUGGAGAGCUGGCUGACAUCUGACCCCCAGCAUGUGGUGGUCCUGCACUGCAAGGGGAACAAAGGAAAGACAGGGGUGAUUGUGGCAGCCUACAUGCACUACAGUAAGAUCUCUGCAGGGGCUGACCAGGCUCUGUCCACUGUAGCCAUGAGGAAGUUCUGCGAGGAUAAGAUCUCUCCCUUUCUCCAGCCUUCUCAAAACAGGUAUAUUUACUACUUUGGUGGCCUUCUGUCUGGCAGCAUUAAGAUGAACAGCAGUCCUCUGUUCCUGCACCAGGUCCUCAUCCCCUCUCUGCCAGACUUCCAGAGCGGAGGAGGUUAUACCCCUUUCCUGAAGAUCUAUCAGUCUCUUCAAUUGGUUUAUACCUCUGGGAUAUAUGAUGUGCAGGGCACCAGGAACAGGUCUGUGUGUGUGACCGUAGAGCCAGCACUACUGCUGAAAGGGGACAUCAUGGUGAAAUGUUAUCAUCGGCACAUGAAUGGAUAUGGCCGAGACUGUGUCUUUAGGGUACAGUUCCACACAUGCACAGUUCACGGAUCCCAGCUUUGGUUUGGCAAAGAAGAGUUAGACCAAGCCUGCACUGAUAACCGUUUCCCCUCUGAUGCCACUGUGGAGUUUGUCUUCUCAUACGGCCCGGAGCGUGUUGGAGGUCGAGAGUGUCAGAAGAAUGACCCCGGCGUGAAGGUUGACUAUAACACAUCAGAUCCUGUGGUGCGAUGGGACUCCUAUGAGAACUUUAACAUGUACCAUCAGGACAGCACAGAGGACAUUGCUCACACCCGGGGUCCUCUAGAUGGCAGUCUGUAUGCCCAGGUGAAGAAGCGCCGUGCACCGGGCUCCAACGGAUGCCCCUCCAGCCCCAGCUCCCCAGCUCAGCCUCCCGCUCGACCCCAGCCUCUGUCUCUCUGCUCAACCCCAGCAUCAUCAGGACACCCGUCUGCCCUCACCAACCACCUGGGGGACUUUCCUCCCCCUCCACCCACCCCUGCGCACCAAGAGCGCCUGGCUCUGGAGCUCCUGCUGGGAGAGGUGGAGGGAGUGAGGGAGCGGGAGAGGGACAGGGAGACGGCUAUUCUGGAUGACGGGGAGAGCUCCCCCCACAGGCCAGCAGAGCGCUCCUGCUGCUCACGGACGUACUCCCCGCGUCCCUCUUGCGGCCCCCAUCCGAGCUGCACAACCAAUGGACACUACAUGGACAGGCGCGACCCGGCCUCCAAGGGCCAGCCCCCGAAGCACCACACGCUCCCCGUCAGCAGGACUUCUCCCCCUCCCCUGCUGGAGCCCUGUCUGUCCCACCCGGACCUCCUGUGGGACAGAGGGCGCUGUCUGCACCGCUCCUGCAGCCAGGCACCGUCCAGGCCGCACUACUCCUAUCCGGCUCAGGGGGUGGGAGUCCCCCUUUCUCUCUCGCACCAUCCACACUCGCACCCCCAUGCGCACACACUCCCCACCUCUCCCAGGAGUUACUGCCCGGGGGAGGUGUGUUCUCUCUACCCCUAUCCCUCUCACCCACACGCAGCAGUCCCUCCCCCUCGUUCCCUGCACCAAUCGCUGCCCCCGAGCCCGUACCACGAGCUGAGGUUCAGCACGACAGCGUCCACCUCCUGCCAGUGCCCAGACUGCUCCCGUCUGCGGCGGGAAGAGCCCACGCUACUCCGCCUUGGCCCCGGCCAAUCAGAGAGCCAUCCUUGGGCUCGGGAGGUGAGGUUUGGGUAUAGGAGGGAGGGACAUCCUGUCUGGGACAGGGAGGCGGAGUCCCUGUGGGAGAGGGAGCAGGAGGCGGAGUUCUGGCGCCGUCACUCGGCAAUGACCUCAUACAGACACUGCCACUCGCCCCAGGCGCACGAUUUGCCCCUGUGCCUGCAGGAUGCUCAGCCCCCGACCCCCUCCGGCAUGCCCAGUCCCUUCCCCAGCCCGCACAGCUCCAGCAGCGGCUACCACACCCCCCAGACCCUUUGCCCCUGCUCCCCUGCGCUGCACUCGCCGCCUUCAAGCAGGGAGAGCCACGGCUACGGGUCAGGGGGCCAGUCCAGGACUGCCUCCCCUCUGCCAGCCACCCCCUCCCCACAGAGAGCAGGCCAAACUGAGGCGUGCCUCAACCAGGCCCAGAGGCCCACUGCUGGGACUAACAGCCAAGUCAGCCAGCAGAGCAAAACUACAGAUGUGGUUGAUCAGAAGGCUUCAAAUACUCUAUCCCAGCCAUCCAACAGAGACGUUCACCCAUCUGCUGAUUCAGGGAAAGCACAUGAUGGGAACCUGGAGGCUCAACAGCACAUGCAGCACAGUUCUACUGGAGCUAAUGUAGAAGAACAGAGAUCCACUCCUAAAGUGCCUUCCAAGCAGCUGUCGUCCUCUCAAGGCUCACAAACAGUCCAGGACCAAAUCCAGUGCCCUCAGCCAACUGCAGCUCAGCAAAAAGAAUCCCUUAGUGGGGUUGCAAUAGAUCCAGCCCCUGUUCUUGUGGAGAAAAGCGUCCAAGGCAGCUGCAAGCCCUUCACGACUCCCAGCGAGAGUUCACCGAGACAGAGCUCCCACUCACAGCAGCCAGCUGCUCCGGAGACCACGGCCAAAGAAUCCACUAAUGAAUUGUCAACAAGUUCUGGCGAGCUCCGCUCCAGCCCCGCUCUCUCCCUCUCCCGCGCCUUUCCUCAGGCAGCCCCUGUGAUGGCCGACAGUCCCCCCCUCCAGAACAAUCCAUCCCCGGAUUCCGUCAAGGUGCAGGUGCUGCGCUCAAGCCCGACCUCAAGCUCCACCCCUGACUCCACCCCGGCGUCAACACCGCAGCCGUCCAUUGGCUCGUCUGGUCGCUACCCCUCCUCCGACCUGUCCUCAUUGGGCGUCCUCCCCGAUGGGAGGAGACUGACCCCGCAGAUGGAACAUGCGUGCUCCAGUGAGGUGGGCAGCAGCUGCGGGGACCUCAGGGCGCCCUCACCCAUCCCGGAUGGCCAGGCCACCCCGUCCUUCCCGCUGCCCUCCUACUACUACCCGCUGCUCACGGUGCCCCACGUGCCCUACACGGGGUACACAGCCAUCACCAUCCCGGCCUCCGCUCCGCAGCCCCCGCUGCCCGAGAAGCGCAGGCCCCCGGCCCUCCAGGGGUCCCCCAACAGGGCCUCCACUCUCAGGGCCUCCACCGGGGCCCUGUCCAGCUCCUCGGUCUCAUCGAGCUCCACCUCUAGUUCCACAUCCCAGCUGCAUGUCACUUUCUCGCCCGCGGUCAGUGAGCUGACACCCCCAGCCUUCCGACCAGCCACAGUGGCCCAGAGUGAGCUGACACCCCCAGCCUUCCGACCAGCCACAGUGGCCCAGAGUGAGCUGACACCCCCAGCCUUCCGACCAGCCACAGUGGCCCACGGUGCAGGGGAGGACUCAGGGAGCCGUGUCAGUGCCAAGUUUGUGCAGGACAGCUCCAAGUUCUGGUACAAGCCAGGCAUCUCAAGGGAUCAAGCCAUUGCAGUGCUGAAGGAUAAAGAGCCUGGCUCUUUCCUGAUUAGAGACAGUAACUCCUUCCAAGGUGCUUAUGGGCUUGCCCUCAAAGUAGCUACCCCUCCACCCAAUGUCAAUAACCAUGGCAACAAGGGUGACCCCCUGGAACAGCUUGUCCGGCACUUCCUGAUUGAGACAGGCUCCCGUGGUGUGAAGAUCAAGGGAUGCCAGAAUGAGUCCUACUUCGGAAGCUUGUCAGCCCUGGUGUACCAGCACUCCAUUACUCCCAUCUCACUUCCGUGUGCCUUGCGGAUACCAGAGAAAGAUCUUGUGGGAGAACUGCAGGAACUGCAGAGUGGCACUCAUACCAGUACAGCAGCAGACUUACUAAAGCAAGGGGCAGCAUGCAACGUCCUCUAUCUGAACUCUGUGGACACAGAGUCUUUGACUGGACCUCAGGCUAUCUCCAAGGCAACGAGGGUCACUCUGAGUCAGGAGCCCCGCCCCACGGCAACGGUGGUCCACUUUAAAGUGUCAGCCCAGGGCAUAACACUCACUGAUAACCAGCGCAGAGUCUUUUUCAGGAGGCACUACCCCAUCAACAGUGUCACUUUCAGCAACGUGGACCCUCAGGAUCAGAGGUGGACUAAUGCCGAUAAUAAUCCCUCUACCAAGAUGUUUGGCUUUGUGGCGAAGCGCACAGGCAGCUCGUCAGAGAAUGUGUGCCACCUGUUCGCCGAGAUGGACCCAGAGCAACCUGCUACGGCCAUCGUCAACUUUAUCAACAAAGUCAUGCUGGGGCCACAGCUCAGGAGAUAGCAAUAGGAGAGAGUGUGUGUGUGUGUGUGUGUGUGAGAGAGAGAUAGACAGAGAGAGAAAGAGGGAGAUAGAGGGUAAGAGAUUUAAGAAAAGGGUUCCGAGUACUCUGUUCUACUGUGGAAACUGGCAUGAAAGAAGAGAAAUAGUACAAUGAGGAAAGUGUAAGGUUCAUUUCUUAUACAGGGAGGGAAAUGGUUAAUGAGGGGAGAGACUGAAAGCCAGAUAUAAAGAAAGAGCUGUGAUGCUGCUAUAAUGCAGAUGAUUCCACACACACACACUCAGUGUCACAGAAGUUUAUUUCUCAAACUGUACCUUUUAAUUUUUUUUUUUUUAUGUAUUUUACUAUGGGGUGAGAAUGAACACACAUGAAUAUACGACUAGAUAGUCCAAAGCAAACCCAGGUGACACAGAAAACCAAACCAAACCAAAAUGUGAGAGCAAAUGGUCCAGGUUAUGGUCCACACCCUAAGUGACGAGAGGUUUGUUUAGCCUCAGACUGUUUUUAUACUGACCUUGACAUUGGCAUAGUCAUAAUACAAAUAGUGUCUAAAGUUCCUCAGUUUAAGGUGCAGUCCGCGACACUAAUCCUGUACACCUUUUGUCAGCAGAUUCCUCAUCACGGCCCUCUAGUUGUCCGUUCAGUGUUUGCACUCAACAAAACUCUGGUGUUCGUACACAGUCCUCUGUAAAUGGGAAACAAACAUAUUGGCUCAAACCCAAGCCAUAAACCACCCCAGCCAAUCAGACCAAGCCAUAAACCACCCCAGCCAAUCAGACCAAGCCAUAAACCACCCCAGCCAAUCUACAUGGUACUUCAGCACACAAGAAAUGGCGUAAUUUGACUGGCUGUUGAGCUCAAAUAUCAUCAACCUUUUACGAAACCUGAAUCGUGGACUGCAUAUUUAAUAAGCAAUACAUUCAUUUUACAUUCAAUUUACAUUAAAGCUCUUAUUAUCUUGUGAUCGUUGAGGGAAAGGGUCCUACUAUCCUUUCUUCUCAGUAUUAAAAUCCAAGACCAUAUUAUCUUAUUUGAAAUCUCACAAGUGUCCUUUUGGUCUGAGGGUAACAGAGGAGGGGAGAUGAUGCAGCUUAUGUCUGAUGGAAUGUGACUGUAUCAGUCAGAGUGUGGCAGUACUAAUGCAGUGGCAUUGAUAGAGGCAGCUUCAGACCUGAGACUGGGAGAAGAGUAUUUCUGCUUAUAUCUUGAGCGUUUCAGAAAAUUAUUUUAGAUUUUAGCUCGGUAUGAAAAUGCGAAUGUGUUUUUCCUCAUGGAAGGUGAAUCAUUUUAGGGUCAAAUCCAUUGAAAUGGCUGCACAGAUGGUGAGUUAACAUGACACCUUCUCAGGUAACCAAAGCCAUCACUACCCUUUAUGCUUUAAGAUUUAAAAACCGGUUAAAAUAUGGUCUCAAAUAUUUGCAUAAUGGGUAUGAAAUGUGUGAAUGCACAUCUAAAGAUAAUCCAACGAUUUUUUUAGACCCUAAUACCCUAAAUUCGCCACUGUGUCUUUUGGGAACCGCCCUGUAGUAAGAUGUUCCAAACAAGGGGAAAAUGAUACUCUUCACAGUAUUUAUACAGUAAAAAUAGUGAGGGGAUUACACAACACUGAAAUAAAUGCAAUUCUAGCUUCCACUUUGAAAUAAAAACAAGGAUCACUUAGAAGACCAAGGUUCUUGUUACUGCAGAUUCCAUAUUCAACCCACAGAAAACGUGUUUCUAUGCUGCCAAAUCUCUUUGGGUUGCGCUUUUAUAUUUAAUUCAAACAUUGUAGGCCAUGGCUGAGCAUUUUGUAAAAGAGACAAUUCAUUGUUUUGCCUGAUGAUCUUUAUACCUUACAGAAGUAAUAUAUUUUCAUCACCUGCAAGUAAUUUUUUUUUUUUUUUGAAGUUCAAGUGAAAAUAAAAUGUAUAUGCUAUUUUUUGAAAGAAAUGCAGAAAAUAAAAUUAAGUUGUAUUUCCAUGAAACAUGUUUCCUUUUAUGUAUUUAUCGUGACAUACAGGCAUAUUAUAAGUGUGCUUAUACACCAACAAAAAAGGAUAGCCUAUUUCUCCUCAGUGAUGACUUCCUGCAGGAAUAAACUUUAAGGUAGAGUAAUACACACAGCCCAUUGCCUCAGACGUUUCAAAGAAGUUGAGUUCUUUGGGGGCCAGUCUGAUUGCUAAUGUCUAGGCUAGUGUUCACGCACUGGCAAGAUAGGCCAUAUUGGCGGGAAUCGAAAGGAAACAAACAAUUUAAGUGUUUACCUGUCAAGUAACCAAACAGGUUUAUUGGUCUUGCAACACUUGACUAACCAACAAAUAAUAAAGCAGAUACCAUUUUUACUUCAAUUUACUUUCCUGACUAAUAUUAGUGUCUCUAUUUCGCUCUCAUGGUAUGUGAUGCUACUUGUUUGCACGAACAUACACAAUUACCUGCAUAUUGUGACAGAGAUUAUUACUCCGUAUGAUCAUUUCUUCUUGAUGGAUUCGCAGUUAGUGUGCCAGGGGCUUGGCUGUAAUGACAAUUUUGAGCUUCCAUCGACACUCUAACAUGGCACUCGUACAUCAAAAG